CAAGACAAACUUUCUUUAUCUUCCACCCUCACCACCGCAUGCUGUAACUGCAAACAGGCUCUCUCUCUCUCUCUAACAAACAGCCUUUAAAUAUCAUUGUUUAUUCUGUUCCGGUAUAAACUCAGCUGCUAAACUGGCUCUACCUACUCUGGAAGCCCUAACCAUGCUCAAUUACUGGCGCACAACCGGCGCCGCCAAUGGUGGAAACUCCACCCUCACCUCACGCCCCACCACUCCCCUCUUCCUCCCCUUCUCGGACUUCGGCUUCGACGGUCCAUUCUUCGACCUCGAAUUCACCCUCUCCAAUCACAUCAACGCCCACGCAUCUCCAAAUUCCGGCGACUCAUCCGAAUACGAAGAAGACAUGCGAGAAAUCGAGCUCAACCUGGACGCCAUCAAUCAAAAUUUGAAACCGCCGUCGACCACCGAAUCGAAUAACUCAGAAGAAAAUCCCAAAUUCCCCCUUUCGUUUGUGAAAACGGCGGGAAAAUUCGGAGUCCUCUUCAGAAAACCUAAUUUCUCAAAUGAGGGUGUUGAGAAAAUCGAGAAACCGAAGAAUGAGCUUCUUCGGGUUAAAUUCCAAGUGGAUGAAGUGAAAGGACCGCUGAUUUCUCUGUUUGCCAGAGAUUGUAGCAUCUCGGAAGAUCCAGACACGAAUUCCGAUUCGGAGAAGUUGGGGAAAGAAAUUCUGCACAAGUACUUAAAUAUUCUCAAGCCUUUGUACGUCCGUGUUGAGAAGAUGAGGUUUUCCGGCCAGCUGAGAGGUCGGGAUUGCGGCAGCGCAGCCUCUCCUCCGCCGGAGAUGGCGAAAUCGGGGUUUCGGAGCAAUAGUAAUCUGCAGGCGGGGAUUAAAGUGGUGCGUAAGCAUUUGGUGAAGAGCCGGUCAACUUCGGCCGGGGCGGCGGCGGUGGUGUCGCCGCCGGGAAACCGCCGUGACGACUCGCUGUUGGAGGUGCAGGAUGGGAUUCAAGGCGCUAUUUUGCAUUGCAAGAGAUCAUUCCAUUCAAAUAGUGAAAGAGAAUUGUCCCAGUCGGUGAGUGAUGCAUGCUGCGAGAAGUCUGUGAUUUCUUCUACUUUAUAUUCCGGGAAAGUUGUAUAGACAAUGGAGUAUAAUUUAUAACUUGUUGUAUAUUGUAAAAUCAGUGAAAAUAUUCAGUGUUUGAUUUGAGAAAA